AUGGCCUCGAUACCCGAGGAAGAGAGCCCGAGUCCCAACUACGCUGUCUUUCGCGACUGCUUCUCGACGACGCUGCUGCGCGCGCAGGCAGCUGAUCAGGGCAGCGCUGGCGGUUCCAAGAAGCGGCGGCGCGCAAGGCCGGCGGCGCGGGCACGCAAGGGAGCGGCAAAGGCAGGGGAUGCCCAGGCCCGGGCCCCGGACCCGCCGUCUCCGGACGCGGACCGGGACACCACCGCCGCCGGCCCGCAACAAGACGCCGAGGAACUGGCCGACUUUAUCGACUACUUGGCGGGCAGCAUCUUCGACAGCCUCCCAGAGGGCCUGAGGGAGGCAGACCACCGAUCCUGGCGCGAGUCGGAGGCGCUGCAGGCACAGUUCGCGCUGCCGCUGACCGAGGAGAGCGUCUCGGCGCUGGACCUCGCGCCGCCCAUCCCAGAGACGCUCGUCACGUACGGGCUCGUGGCGGCGGACCCGACGGCCGACUCGCCGCUCCCUUCCUCGACGGAGGCGUUCCUUGCCCCCAUCCUGAUGGCGUACCUCGAGUCCGUGACGACGGCGCCGCCCGCAACGCAGGCGACGCGGACAGAGGCGUGCGAGCUCUGCGGACGCACCUGGAUCCCGCUGUCGUACCACCACCUGAUCCCGCGCUUCGUGCACGAAAAGGCCGUCAAGCGCGGCUGGCACCGCCGCGAGGACCUGCAGAACGUGGCCUGGCUGUGCGGCGCGUGCCACCGCUUCGUGCACCACUUCCGCGGCCACGAGGACCUGGCGAGGGACUACUACACGGUCGAGCGGCUGCUGGCCGAGGACGAGGUGCGACGCUUCGCCGCAUGGGCCGGCAGGCUGCGCUGGAAGGGCGGAAAGGUCCGCGGCAGAUGA